AUGAAUAACUUUAAUUCCGAAAAGCACUUCCUUAGAUUCUUCAAACGAACACCAAUCCAUGACUGGAGUUUCCAGGGCUAUAUUUCGUAUUCAAACGCGAAUAAUGAUCGACUUUCACGUAAAUCAGCGGUGCGUUCAAGAUAUAGAGCCUGCUUAAAUGAUUUGCUUUUAAUAAAAGAUUUGAAGGAGGAAGGUCAACAAAAGGCGCUAGAAUUGCUCGCAGAAAGCGAAACCGACGGAAGCAACUCACCAUCAAGCCAAACCAUCUUCAGCAACUAUGGAACAGUAGGAGUCGUCUCAGGUGGAACAUUCAGCGUACAAAGUAGAAAAAGAGCAGCAGCAGAUACUUCAGUGGGCUGCACUAAAAAGAAGGGGCAUUUGGCUUAUGAAAUGAAUGGCGAGAGAGAGGAAGAAGAAGAAGAGGAGGAGGAGGAAGAGGAGGAAGAAGGGGAAGAGGACGAGUUCAAUAGUACUGCAAACAUCCUAGAUGAUAUUCAAAGUUGUAUCCUCUAUAUUCGAGACUUUAUCUUUUUGUCGAGUAUGCAUGUAAUAGACCUAAGUAAUACCAUUUCCGUGAAUCUCCUGCAACAAACCUUAAACCAAGACAACUAUAAUGAAAUCAAGAACGCUUGUUCUAUCAAGGCUGUUUCCCUCACCAAAGAAUGUAAUGAUUUCCUGAAAUUAUGUGAAAGCCCCCUGAAUCCUAUAAGUCAAAAAUUGAGAGAACGCAGUGCUGCCACCUGGAGUACUUUUCCGGUUAUUAAUUCUUUAUUUUUACAAUAUCAAGAUUUGAUCGAACUUAAAUGGAUUGAAGUGCUCCAUGCUGACUUGGAGAGUAGUAAAAUCGAUGGCCUAGCACUUAAAAGAAAAAGUAAUUCAAUGGUAAUAUUAAUUGAACUUGCAGGGGGUUCCCACACAAACACAGAGAAGAAAUUAGAGAGAGACUGCUUCAAGACUUACAAGAAUGUUAUCAAGACACUGAGGAAAGAUAACAAACAAAAGGUGUUUACUGUUUUUUAUCACGAUAAUAUUUUCAUCUUUGAAAGCUUGACAAAAUACAAUCAAUGCUAUAGAGGUUACUAUCAAACUCCAAUCAUGGCCCGAAAGCUAAAUGGUGUUAGCGAAUCAACUCAUAUCCGUCUUUGGUUACUAAACAAUUUCCUUUAUGGAAAUAAAUGUUCCGAAAAAAAGUUUUUUACUAGUUUUUGUAGCCAUUGA